AUGGAAGGAAAGGAGGAAAAGCUGCAACAGCAUAAAAUAGAAGAUGAUGGUAUAGUAUAUGUAACUGAGAAAGAAGAAGAAAUCAUACAUGAAAAAAAACCUGGGAAAAGCAUACAACGUUCAAAACCAUGUGUGAGGAGAGGACGUGUAGAUUAUGCCAAAUUCAUUAUCACAAAUGCAAGAACAUUCUAUGAACCAAUUCCCUACAUAGAUUCCAAAAACAAGACAGAGGACCAGAGUGACUGGUGGUCAUAUAGUAAAGCACUGGAACAUGUCUUCCAACCACCCUAUGAUACUAAGAGCACCCAGAGGAGUGACUUCCAAAAACCAACAUGUCCAUUGACUUUGCCUGUCAAACACAGCAAGAUGCAAAAGGCUUCUUCUGGAAUAGUUCCACUUGCCUCUCCAGAUGCAUCAGCAGAACUUCAAAACAAGUUUACAGAAUACAUGUCUUUUAUACACCAAUAUGAUUCCAGGAAAACUCCCAAUGAGCCCAUCCGGGGAAAGAGACUUGGAACUUUUGUGCAGAGAGAGAUAAAACCAGGGAGUAGGCCAAUAGUUCCUAAGGGAACAGAGGUAUUACUGAAUGCUCCGGGGCGGUGUUCAUCAGAACAGCCAAAAAAAACAGAGAAAGGAAAUCCAGCGGGAAGCAGAAUGAUCUCACCAGGUCUCUGCCAACAAAAUUCCCAAGAGCUGUUAGAGACUUAA